AUGAUGGUGCAUGUUUCUCUCAUCAGCUAUGUAUACAGGUAUUUAUAUAUUUAUGAUCUUAAUUUUUUGCCUAAAAUUUUAAAAUAUGUUAACUCAAACAUAUUAAAAUAUUACAUUGGUCCCGCCUUCUCUUCACCGCUCCCAGCGCCAUCCCAGGAGGUUUGUUCCAACAGUCACGGGAAGGCGGUUCCCAACCCUCGGGACCUGGCAAGCGCGUCCGACACAGCUGGCCUGCUGCUGAACCAGUUGGUGACUUCAGGGAUGGUCACUGAGGAAAUGUUAAGUAUGUCCAAGGAAACAGCUCCUUGCUUUGAGAAUUUCUCCAGAUUACAGCAGAUCAAUAAUAUUCAAGCUGAAAUCUACCAGAAAAGCCUGGAAAUUGAGCUUCUGGAACUAGAAAGAGUCAGCAGACGUUAUUCAUCCUUUCUAUUUGAACACAUGGUAUGUUUGCUGAAAUUGGCUGUGACUUUUAUUGAGAAACUGGAAACCCAUCUUGAAAUAAUUAGAAAUAAUUCUCAUUUAGGUGCAAAUCUAAAGAAAAUGAGCCAGGCUUUAGCCAAGAUGGACAUUUUGGUGAAUGAGACAGAAGAACUUGCAGAAAAUAUACUCAAGUGAUGAGAAAAACAAAAGGAAGUUUCCUUGUGUAUGCCCAAAGUACUAGCUGAAGAAAAUCAUCUUCAUAAACAUGGCUUUAUAGUAUCUUGUACUUCUAAAGUUCAUGCUCAAAAUAUUGAUACCAAGUGAUUAUUCACUUUAUUUUUACUG